AUGCCUCCAUUUCGCAACUUUCUAGGACGAAAGUCCCAACCCAAUGGGGAUCCCGCUGCCUUGGAUGACAACUAUCUCUCUCCAAACCAACGACCUGCUGCCAUACCGAUCCGCAAUAGCCAGGAUGAACCCACCGAGUACAAAUUGAGUGAGCGACCGAGUUUCUGGCGUCGGUACCCGGGCUCCAACAAAUCCGUCAACCAUCGAGAUCUCGUCGAUAAUAAUGAGCCUUUCUCCAUCUCUCGCGAGUCCUUUGACUCUUAUCGCCGAUCAUUUGAUAUUUCUGCCCGCUCACCCAUCAUCCAUCCUGAUGCUGCUCCCUCUCGAACUUCUCUUGACUCGCGGUUCUCCCGGUUAACCCCGUCGGGCACGCACUCCAAUAGCCUCACCAAGUCUGAAAUCAUGGAGGAAGAAACCUUCGAAGAAGUAGGGUUAAAUGACGAGACGAAACCUAAGAAGAAGGGUUUCCUCUCCAGAUUCGGCGACUCUGGUAACGAUGCGCAACUAUCGGGGCCCAAGCCGUCUACCUCGUCCUUCGGCUUCCAUAUUCCCGGCCGGAAGCGCGGCCAGAGUGGCGGUGGAUCAGAACUAGCUUCUGUGAAAGUAACCCCUUCUGCACCUGCACCCACUGAUGAGACAUGA